GUUUAGGAAGGAUUUUUGAUCAAGGAGAAUGAAUUCCUAUCCUCACAUUACUUAAGAAAAUAAUACUAUUUCUUGAUUAAGGAAUAAGUAUAAACUGUAAACAAUGCUUUAAGCAUAGAUAAGGAAGAAAUGUACUACUUUUUACUCUUUGAUUUUAGUGAACUGCAGUUUUUUAGUUAAAAAAUUUUGUUUUUACGGUCCCCAAAUCAGGUCGAUAUAUUAAAUUUCACCUUAUACUGCCACAUACAACGAUUAUUGAUAAAGGAAAUUUAAAAAUAAACCUUCUGGGAAGUUUAAAUCGGAGCAAAUUGAUUUAUAGCUCCAACAAAGCUUGAUAAGACGCUGUAUCUGUUGAACGAUAAUAAGUGAAAAAAAACUCCAAUCAAUUUCGAAGCACUAAAUCUCAAGUUAUGUCUCGCUUGCCUCGCUCUCGUAAACCAGUUCUCCAAUUAGAAAAGGUUAUAGUAGACAAUAAUGGUGAAGAUAAUGGAAACAGUGAAAUCGAUUAUAGUUAUAAGGAGGAGCCUUCCAUUAAAGAUGACCCAUUGAGCAAGGAAAUGGAAAAUUUCAUGGCUGAGAUAAACGCUAUGAGUAACGAUUCAACUGAUGUGAAAGAAGUCGACGAGUUAAAUAAUGGAAAAGGUGAUAUAGUUGAACCAGAAGAGCCAAUUGAAUCCCCUCCCGCUCCCCCCCCAACUCCUCCACCUCCGCCCCCGCCAUUGCCACUAUCCAAACCUCAAACAAAAUGGGAGACUGUACUAGACGAGAAUACUAAUUGCUACUAUUAUCAUGAUACAUCAACUGGAGCCGUAACAUGGGAAGUACCUGAAGAAUAUGAAAGAUAUUUGCUUCAAGUUGAUGAGUACAAUAAGAUUAUGGCAUUGAAGAACGAAUCCAAGGGAGAGGAAAUUAGCCGAGAAUCAGAAAAUGAGCUCAUCGUUAGGAAAAGGGAAGAUAGAAAACGAAAAUCUAAAGGAUCUGUUGGUUUGUGCCUAAUACCCUAUGAUGAAAGCGCAUCGGAAGAUGAAGAUGAAGACAGAAGGAAAGAAAGAGCAGCGAAAGUGCGUUGUACAGAUCCGGAGUUGGCCUUGAAUGACGAAUUUGAUGUAGAUAAUGCCCUAGAAAGUGCCGUUGAUCAAAAGUUCGACUUUCGUUCGAAGCAACUCUCAAACUAUGACCGCAGCACGCAAACUCCACCGGGUUGUCACUGUAAUGCGCCUCAAGCUGAUCUAAUCAAGCAAAAACCAAUCGAUGAAAAUAAAAUAAAGGAAGAGGUUAUUGACCAAUUGGAUACUUUUCUAAGGAAAUUUGAAUUCUUUAGCAUUCAAAAGACUUCUGAGCCCUUUGUUAAGUUCUUGACUAGAAAAGAAGAUUGGGAAAAUGGCCAACUCUCUAGUCGGUAUUUGCUGGAAAAGUUAGAAGAAACCAACGAAAUCCUCUUAAAGUACGAAAAAAGUGAGGCACCACCUGGUUGGCUGUUCAAGUGGGACAAGUAAAGUUUUACAAUUUAAACAAAUAUGUCAACUUCAAACGUUUAUAUUUUAUUUUAGGAAAAACAUCUGCUAUAAUUACU